CUCUGGUAAAUAAAAAUUCAUCAAUUAUUUUCAGAAUUAUUUAUAUUUUCGUAUGAUCGAUCAUUGAAGUGGUAGUAGCAGUGAAAAGCAAAGCAAUCCCCACCCAAUACUCGAUUGCUCAAAGAUUCUUCACCUUAUUAGUCACUCACAUGCUCCUCUUCUUCCUUACCCAACACAAAAAAAAAAACACACAAACCCUAGAUCCACGACCAGAACCCAAAACCAGACCGAUCUGAAAAUCAACUACCCUAACCAAACCAGAUCAGAAAUGAAGAGAGAUCUUCAUCACUUCCAAGCUCCCAACCACGGGACAUCAUCAAUCCCCGGUUCCUCCACUUCCUCCCCCGCGAUUCUCAGUAAAGACAAGAUGAUGUUGGUCAAAGAAGAAGAAGACGACGAGCUUCUCGGUGUCUUGGGCUACAAAGUCAGGUCCUCGGAGAUGGCUGAAGUCGCUUUGAAACUCGAGCAGUUAGAGACGAUGAUGAGUAAUGUCCAAGAAGAUGGAUUAGCUCAUCUCGCUACCGAUACUGUUCAUUACAACCCCGCUGAGCUUUACUCUUGGCUUGACAACAUGCUCACGGAGCUUAACCCACCCGCUACUGCUGCCUCCGGGUCAAACGGUUUGAAUCAGAUUAAUAACAACUCCUUCUUUAAUGAUUACGAACUCAAAUCCAUCCCUGGAAACGCGGUUUGCGCGAGAUCUAAUCACUUCCCGAUUGAUGAUGAUUCCACCAACAAACGUUUGAAACCAUCUGAUGCAAUGGUCACAUCUCCAUCACAGGCCGUUACAGGAACAACAACCGUAACAACAACCACCGAGUCAACUCGGUCUUUGAUCCUGGUCGACUCGCAAGACAACGGAGUGCGUCUAGUCCACGCGCUCAUGGCCUGCGCGGAAGCCGUACAGAGCACAAACCUAACCCUAGCGGAAGCUCUCGUCAAGCAGAUCGGUUUCUUAGCCGUGUCGCAAGCCGGAGCCAUGAGGAAAGUCGCUACUUACUUCGCCGAAGCCCUCGCGCGGCGGAUCUACCGCCUCUCUCCGCCGCAGACGCAAAUCGAUCACUCCCUCUCCGACACUCUCCAGAUGCAUUUCUACGAGACCUGCCCGUACCUCAAAUUCGCUCACUUCACCGCCAACCAAGCCAUCCUCGAAGCCUUCGAAGGUAAAAAAAGAGUCCACGUCAUCGAUUUCUCGAUGAGCCAGGGACUCCAGUGGCCCGCGCUUAUGCAAGCGUUGGCGUUGCGAGAAGGUGGGCCCCCGAGUUUUAGGUUGACAGGGAUCGGUCCCCCCGCGGCGGAUAACUCUGAUCAUCUCCACGAGGUCGGGUGUAAGUUAGCUCAGCUCGCGGAAGCGAUCCACGUGGAGUUUGAGUAUCGUGGAUUCGUGGCUAACAGCUUAGCUGAUCUGGACGCGUCGAUGCUUGAGUUGAGACCGAGCGAGACGGAAUCCGUGGCGGUUAAUUCUGUUUUCGAGCUUCACAAGGUGUUGGGCCGUUGCGGUGGGAUGGAGAGAGUGUUUAGCGUUGUGAAAGAGAUUAAACCGGUGAUUUUCACGGUGGUUGAGCAGGAAUCGAGUCAUAACGGACCGGUUUUCUUAGACCGGUUUACUGAGUCGUUGCAUUACUAUUCGACUUUGUUUGAUUCGUUGGAAGGUGCGCCGAGUAGUCAGGAUAAAGUUAUGUCGGAGGUUUAUUUAGGGAAACAGAUUUGUAAUUUGGUGGCUUGUGAAGGUGAGGAUCGUGUGGAGAGGCACGAGACGUUGAGUCAGUGGUCUAACCGGUUCGGUUCGGCUGGUUUUGUGGCGGCGAAUCUUGGGUCUAAUGCGUUUAAGCAGGCGAGUACGCUUUUGGCUUUGUUUAAUGGUGGGGAAGGGUAUCGUGUGGAGGAGAGUAAUGGGUGUUUGAUGUUGGGUUGGCACACUCGACCGAUGAUAACCACCUCCGCUUGGAAGCUCUCGGCGGUGCAUUGA